ACUCGAAACGAGCGUGCCGUAAAGUGUGGCAUAGAUGUUUAGAAUGAGGAUAUGCUUGCCUAACAUUGAGCUGUUAUCUCUCGGUUUUACUAUUGGAUAAGUCUGUUGUUCACUAAGAGAGCAGCGUCAUAAUGUCAAAGCCCAUUCUUUUAAUCCUGUACGGGAGCCAGACCGGGACUGCACAGGACACAGCCCAGAGGAUUGCACGGCAGGCAAAGAGAAGGUGGCUGCAAGUUCAAGUGUUGCCUUUGGAUAACUACAAUGUGGCCAACUUGAUCUCAGAGUCUCUGGUUGUUUUUGUAUGUGCCACCACUGGCCAAGGAGAUCCUCCAGACAAUAUGAAGAACUUCUGGAGGUUUCUCUUCAAGAAAUCUUUACCUACUGGAUCUCUGAGUCGACUGGACUGUGCAAUACUGGGACUUGGGGAUUCCUCCUAUCCAAAGUUCAAUUUUGUGGCCAAGAAACUUCAUAAGCGCCUUCUGCAGCUGGGUGCCAGUAUACUGCUGCCUGUUGGCCUGGCAGAUGACCAACAUGACCUAGGGGCAGAUGCUGUGAUUGACCCAUGGCUCACAUCAUUUUGGGAGAAACUGUUUGCCCUGUACCCAUCUGUGGCUGAUGUGAUACCACUUCGGGAAGAUGAAUUACUCCCUCCAACAUACACUUUCCACUUCCUGGACGAUGUGAAAGAGGAGACAGCUGACAGGCUGAGAAUUUCCACGGAUCAAACUGUCCACUCCCAAUCUCAACCUUUUCCUGCCAGACUUAUUUCCAACAAGAGAGUAACAGACCUGUCACACUUCCAGGAUGUGAGGCACAUAGAGUUUGACAUCACUGGAUCCAGUUUGGAGUUUGAUGCCGGUGAUGUGGUGAUGAUGCGUCCUUGUAACGCACCGGAAGACAUACAACAAUUCUGUCAACUGCUGAGAUUAGAUCCAGAGGUCAGAUUCACGCUCAAGGCCACAGACAACUCUGCAGUUCCAGCCAGGCUUCCUCAGCCCUGCACCGUGCGACACCUGGUGGAGAGAUACUUGGACAUCGCAGCUGUACCUCGCCGUUCCUUUUUUGAGCUGCUGUCCACCUUUGCCACCAAUGAGCUAGAGCGGGAAAAGCUGGUUGAGUUCAGCUCGGUGGCAGGCCAGGCUGAGCUGCACAGCUACUGCAACCUGCCCCGCCGCACCACACUGGAGGUCUUGGCAGAUUUCCCCCACACUACAGCAGAACUUAAAGUAGACUACCUUCUGGAUCUUUUCCCUGAGAUCCAGCCUCGCUCAUUCUCCAUUGCUUCCUCUCUUCAGGCUCAUCCACACAGGCUCCAAAUCCUGGUAGCUGUUGUCCGAUACAAAACCAAGCUGUAUAAACCGCGGAGAGGACUUUGCUCCACCUGGUUAGCCUCCCUGGACCCUGCACAAGGGGACGUGUAUGUGCCUCUGUGGGUGAAGAAGGGAAGUCUGAAGUUCCCUAAAGAGAAGGACACACCUGUGAUAAUGGUUGGACCUGGAACAGGAGUGGCACCUUUCAGGUCUGCUUUACAGGAGAGGGUUGCAGAGGGAAAAACUGCCAAUGUCCUGUUCUUUGGCUGUCGCUCAGAGUCCAAAGACUUCUACUUCAGGUCAGAGUGGGAGGAGAUGAUGAAUGCUGGGCAUCUGACCCUCUUCACUGCCUUCUCACGAGACCAGGAGGACAAGGUGUACGUGCAGCACCGUGUGAAGGAGAGCUCUGGGCUCCUGUGGGACCUGAUUGCCAAUAAAAGUGCCUGCUUUUACAUCGCUGGCAAUGCUAAACAGAUGCCAGCCAGUGUGAGUGAUGCUUUGAAAGAAGUGUUCCAGCAGGAGGGAGGCAUGUCAGCAGAGGAAGCUGAACAAAUGUUUGCAGUUCUGGAGAGGACAGGCAGACUCCAGAUGGAGACCUGGUCCUGAUCACAUGCUCUCAGCCCACUGCUUCUCAGAGGUUACAUUCAGCUACCUCUGCUGUGUUGACUGCAUGAUACAGACCCAGCAGUGGAAAGUUUAGUCACCUUGAAUUCAUUCAUGAGAAUAUUUGAAAAUGAAGAAUUUGUUCUUGACCUUUGGGAGCAAUAUUGUGUCAGAUCUGUCUAAGCUUAAUGGUCCACUACCAGUUUCUUUUUAGCUUUCAUCACCAUCUCAUUGAUAACAGGUGUUUGUACUGAGGUGCAGUUAACAUCACAGCCUCCAACAGCCUCGCUACUGGCAGGCAGAAUAUAUGCAUGCUCCUGCACAAACUGCACAAACAAAACAACACAAACCCAGAGUUGAAGGAACAGGUUGAUGUUGGGGAAAUCCAUUUAUUCACUUUGAUGAGAAAACUGAUACCACUCUAAUGUUCUGUCUUGUUGUCAGAUUGCCAGGCAACCAGCAAAGAAUCCAGGAAGUUACCAGGUAGUCUUCUUUUUUUAAUUGUUCAUCGCCUCAGCUGCGUACCGUAUGAAAAAAGUUCACCAGGUCACUAAAAUUAAAUCCAUCUGUAGCUAAAGUCAGGUUACGUGUGCUGCUAUUUUUCAGCACAGUGUCACAUCCACAUAUUUUCAUGUUGACUGAUAUGAAAUAGCAAUUAAUUGGUUUUAGUGGACAUUUGAGCUUAGAUAAUUUUGUUACAUAUAUUUGUUACAUAUAUCAGCAGUUUUGUUGAUGCACAGGUAUGUGAACAACUUUAACUUUUGCCUUGUGUAACUGGUAUCCUUAUAGAUCCAGCAGUGUGACUCACUGAUAAGUAACAUUAUCAUAAUUCAUCAUAAUACAGCUCAAAUAUCAUUUGCUAACAAAGCUCGGCCUACGUUUCUCCAAAUUAUAUGGUGCAGAAUGUUUGUACAUUUACAUGCACCAUUAAGAUGCAGUUGUUAAAGACUGUGUAGCCUUUGCUGAGCAGCAGCCACUAUGGAGACAAAUUGAAAUGUUCUGUGACUGUAACACUCUGUAACAGAGUUCUUAAGUCAGUAAACUGUCUCACCAUUGUGGGCUAACACCCUACCCUGUCUCUGAUUGGCUUACCCUAAUAUUCUUACACUGACCCUAACCAAUCAUUAUUCUUCACACCUAAACCUAACCAACCCAACCAAUGAGGGCAACAAGCACUAGCCUGUCAGAGACAGGGUAGGAGCGGGUCUUUGUCCACCCUCACUGGGGAGAACAAAAAGUUGCACAGCAAAGUUUGCUAACAUUAGCUGGCAUUAGCCACCAGAAGCUACUGGUCAUACUAGACCAAGUAGGCUGUAGCUGCUAAACCCUGGAGUGUACUAAAUUGAGCACUGGUGCAUUAUAUUGCUCAUAAAAUCAACUUUUCAUUUUUAAAAAGAAGAUUGUUAUCUCUUCUCCCAAAAGCUACAUAGUUGCACUUUAAAGUAAAAUAAAAAAAAAAAAAAUCAUUCUUCUUCAGAGGGUCUUCUUCCAGUGGGAUUUAGUGGGGCAGUUUGAUAAUGCCAUUUGAGCCACAAUUAAAGGAACUGCACUCUACUGUUAGUCCUCUGAUUGGACCUAUAAUCCAUUAGUGUCAAGUAAGAUCCAUUAAUGUGUCCAAAGGGGCGUCUCUAAAAGCCAGUCGAGGCAGCAGUUGAGAACAUUUCCAUUUAAAGUGUACGUUAUGAUUGACGAAGCAGAGCAGCACAUGCAAAAGUGCAAGUGGUGUGAAAAUGUUCAGCAGCAGCAGUAGAACUUGCAAUCUACUUUUUCCCUCAGUAAGAAGUGCAUUUUUUAAUUGUAUUUAAUUGUAAUUAUAUUUUAAUAGUGCUUGUUGAAGCUGCAAGUAUGGGAAAGUUUUGACAUUAAAAACCCAUAUAAAUAACCCACUUGCAGUGAAGUGUACAGUAUGUAAUAACAUGGUUAACCUGACAAGAAACUUCAGGCAUUUGAAUGCCUUUAUACAUAGGACAUUUUUUCCAGAUGCUUUUAAAUUGUCUUGACAAACAGUCUGACAUUUAAAUCAUUGAUUUAAAUGUCAGACUGCCAAAUAGAAAAUGACAAUGCAAACUAUAAUGCAUAACAAAGAGAAACACAUUACCUAAAAGUAAAGUGUCCUAACUUGAGGAAGCUGUAAACUUGACUAGUUGAUACAUACAGUAUAUUGGAUCACUGGUGCAGCAGUAUACAAUGUAUGAGAUAUAAUUGUGACUAGUUGUACAAAAUGUCAUAAUUAACUACAUUAAUCUGUAAACUACAGCAGGUUGCUUUGAGAAUUCACUUGUUUGGCUUUUUGUGUUCCAACAUAAUAAUCCAUUAGGAUGUUAAAUGAGUGUCAGACUGGGUCUAAAAUUUUCUGUACAGCCCUCCAAAUUUAUCUGAUGAUGCUUAUAAAAAUCUGUAGCUGCUAGUAUAAAAAUGAACUAUAAUUAUAUUUAAAUCAAUUUGUGUGCACAUAAUGUAUGACAAAAAUAAACAUUUUAAAAGUA